AUGGAGAUGGAAAACGAAAAAAUAGAAGUCGAAGACAGCGAAAAGCAGACAAAACUACAAGUGCUUCCAGAUACUUCAGUACCAGUAGAAUAUGUAGAGAAAAAAAUGCAGGAAUAUUUUAAGACAUCUUCUCGAUUUGGACCAAAUUUGAAAAUGUUGCACAUAGGAGUUGGACAGGGAUAUUUCUCUGUAGUGGCUCGAGUAUUUCCGGACUGGACUCCGCCAGACUCAAAACUCGAUAAGAGCUUUAUUGUCAAAGUCUCCAGUUUAGCAACCAGCAGAAAAGUUAUGGAGGAUGAAGAGGUAGUUAAAGCUACUGAAGCAGCUUCCUUGAAUAAAGAAGAAUUUUUAGGACGUAUGGACAAAAUUCGUAUUCAGGGGCAUAAUACUGAAGUAUCGUUUUAUUCGCUGGUGAAAAAGUAUAAAAUUGGUGUCAAACUCCCAGAAAUCUAUUUCGCUCAAAAGGUGUCACUUGAAUCUGAUUACGGCGGGUUAAUGCUCAUGGAGGAUGCAGGCGAAGCAUCUUUCGUUAUACCCCAGUAUGAAAAAACGAAACUUACCGACGUGAAGCAGUUUCUUGAUGAUUUCGUGAAAGGAAUACCUGACCGUGAUGAUCCCAAGCUAGUUCAUCCUGGUUGUAUUGUGGAAGACAUCAUUCGUUAUGUCUCCAGCGCAUUGAGUGUAACAGAUCGUCGGCAACAUUUUGACCAGUUGUUACAGUAUUAUUACGAAGAGCUGGAAAAAUCAUUUGGAGAUUGCCUAUCAUUUACGUGCGAUCAGCUGAAGCAAGCAGCUGUUCGCAUGAUCCCGUUUGCAACGGUACACAUAUUAUUUGCUUUUGGAAAAAUAACUGAGGCAGAAGUUCGAAGAAAACACCCAGAUCGCGAAAAAGAACUGAUAAAGUAUAUUAGGGAAAAUGCACUUGGACUUCUUGAAGAUAUCUGGCAAUGUUAUCAAAUUAACAGCAAAAAGUAG